GAUUGUCGUAAUUAUUGUCGGUCAGUUCGAGUCAGUCGUCCAUACAAUGGCGAGCUACUCGGUUCUCGGAGUUGCAUUUUGCAUUAGUUUAGGUGUCACUCGCGGUUUUACUGAUGACAUAUUAUCAAUUCCCAAGGAUUUACUGUUAGGCACUGCUUCGGCCGCUUAUCAGAUAGAAGGAGCUUGGAAUGAAGGUGGCAAGGGUGAAAGCGUUUGGGACAAGUGGACACACGAACACCCAGAAAACAUAAUUGAUGGAAGUAAUGGCGAUGUGGCUUGCGAUUCUUACCACAAAUACAAGGAAGAUGUACAAUUAUUAAAAACCAUGGGAGUUGAUUUUUAUCGGUUUUCUCUCAGUUGGACGCGUAUCUUACCAAAUGGUUUCGCUAACGUGAUCAAUCAGGAAGGGCUCAAUUAUUACAAAAAUCUCAUUGACGAACUUCGGGCAAAUGAUAUCGAGCCGUUUGUCACUCUUUAUCAUUGGGAUCAUCCGGAAAUUCUGGAAAGGAUGGGAGGAUGGACUAACGAAAUGAUGGUCGACUGGUUCACCGAUUAUGCGAAAGUUGUUUUCAAGGAGCUCGGACCUAAAGUCAAAUACUUUAUGACUCUCAACGAAGCUCACAUUGUUUGCAAUGAAGGAUAUGCGACAAAACAAAAAGCGCCAGGGAAGGAAUUGGGCGAUGUCGGUAGAUUUCUGUGUCUGCACAACAUGUUGAAAGCGCACGCCAAAACUUAUCAUAUGUACGACACGCAAUUUCGACCACAACAGAAAGGUCAGAUAGGUUUAGUUAACGCUUGCUCGGGCGCAUUCGCCAAAUAUCCCAAUGACACCACAGCGGUGAACUUGCAUUUUCAAUUUACGUGCGGAUGGUUGGCUCAUCCCAUUUUCUCGACGACCGGUGAUUAUCCGGAGGUCAUGAAACGUCACAUAGCCGAGAACAGCAAACUGAGAGGUUUCUCAAAAUCGCUUUUACCGGAAUUCUCGGAAGCGUGGGUGCAGUUUAUCCAGGGUACGUCGGACUUUUUCGGAAUAAAUCAUUACACUUCGAAACUUGUGGAAACAAUGCCGCACACUGAUGGGAAAGAGUGGUACUCCUUUUCCGGUGUGAAAGAAAGCGUAGAUCCAUCGUGGCCGGGAAGCGCUUCGAAUUGGCUUAAAGUUGUUCCCGAAGGAUUUCGACAAAUUCUCAAUAAGGUUUCGGAAGAAUAUAAUUAUCCUCCCAUCUUUGUUAUGGAAAACGGUUUUUCUUACAAGUGCUGUGUCACUGAUGAUCGUUUAAGAAUAUCUUAUUAUCAUUCUUAUUUAAAGGCGAUGCUAGCCGCCGUUAAAUUAGACGGAUGCAAAGUGAAGGCUUAUGCUACUUGGUCUGUAUUAGACAAUUUUGAAUGGAAAAAUGGUUAUAAAGAACGUUUUGGAUUGAUAAACAUCGACUUCACGGAUCCCAAUCGAACACGAACUCCGAAAUUGUCAAUGAGCUGGUACGCAAAUGUCAUAAAGACUCGUAAACUUUUGCCCAUCUCGAACUCGUCGGACGUAAUCGUAAUCGCUGUAUAAUAUAUAAAUAUUAUAUAAAUAUAUACGUAUGUAAGAGCGCGCCGUCCUUAAACUCCUUGCACAAUGGAAGAAAUAGCGAUAGCGAUAGAAAUAACACUAGUUUUAAAGAGUUUAUAUCUAUAAAUAAUAAUAGGAACAGCGGAAUCUAAUUAGAUACAAGCAUACACAUGCAUCAAUGCAGAUCAGAAAACGGAAUAAGCAAUAACGUAAUAAAAUUUUCGACGAGUUGUACGCAAUGCAAGAAGAGCUGUGCAAUAAAACUUUCCUAAGACA